AAGACCUAGAAUUUUCUUGAGAUUAAAAUUCCUUAGCUGCUUCUGACAACCUCUUCUUCACAGGACGGGAGAGUAUAAGGGAACUACAGAAAAUACCUGUUUCCAAACUACCUGGAAAAGGAGUGAAAUCUCCAAACAGGUUUCCUCAGGAGAGUGACACAUGAGGGAAGCGCAUCCUGGAAGUCUGACAUUCAAAGUGUGCAUCCCCCCACCAGUAACGAAGACUACAAGCAAAGAUUUUUUCUGAUAAUAAGUCCUAAACACUGAUACCCAUGGAUGCUGCAGAGUUCCGCAAGAGAGGGAAGGAGAUGGUGGACUAUAUUGCAGAUUACCUGGAGAAGAUAGAUAAAAGACAGGUCUUCCCAGAUGUGGAACCAGGAUAUCUAAGGCCCCUCAUUCCAGACCGUGCACCCCAAGAUCCUGAGAGCUUUGAGGAUGUCUUUAAAGACAUUGAGAAGAUCAUUAUGCCAGGGGUGACUCACUGGCACAGUCCAUACUUUUUUGCCUACUUCCCUGCAGCCUCUUCCUUCCCAGCUCUUCUUGCAGAUAUGUUGUGUGGUGGAAUAGGAUGUGUGGGCUUCUCUUGGGCCGCAAGUCCCGCUUGCACAGAGCUGGAGACUGUCAUGCUGGAUUGGCUAGGGAAGAUGAUUAAUUUACCUGCAGAGUUUUUAGCUGGGAAGGAUGGCCAAGGUGGAGGAGUCAUUCAGGGAAGUGCAAGCGAGGCCACCUUGAUUUCACUGCUUGCUGCAAGAACAAAAACUAUCAGACGGGUGCAGUCGGAAAAGCCUGAGCUAACAGAAGCAGACAUCAUGGGCAGGCUGGUGGCCUAUGCUUCUGAUCAGGCUCAUUCAUCAGUGGAAAGGGCUGCGUUAAUUGGUGGUGUGAAGAUUAAAAAUGUUUCUUCAGAUGAUACAUUUAGUGUUUGUGGUUCAGCCUUAAAGAAAGUUUUGGACGAAGACAAAACUUCUGGUCUUAUCCCAUUCUUUUUCUGUGCAACACUUGGAACCACACCUUGCUGCUCCUUUGACAAACUGUUAGAACUGGGUCCUAUUUGUAAGAAGGAAAAUAUCUGGAUGCAUAUUGAUGCAGCCUAUGCUGGGAGUGCAUUCAUCUGCCCUGAAUUCAGGCAUCUUUUAAAUGGAGUGGAGUUUGCAGAUUCAUUUAACUUUAAUCCUCACAAAUGGCUCCUGGUGAAUUUUGACUGCUCUGCUAUGUGGGUGAAAAAAAGAUCAGAUUUAACAGGUGCCUUUAAAUUAGAACCUCUUUACCUGCAGCAUCACCAUCAGGAGUCUGGCCUUGUAACAGAUUAUCGGCACUGGCAAAUCCCCCUGGGAAGGAGGUUCCGCUCCCUGAAGCUCUGGUUCGUGCUGAGGAUGUAUGGAGUCACGGGACUACAGGAGCACAUCCGCAAGCACGUCAGGCUGUCGCAUCAAUUUGAACAUUUAGUCCUUCAGGAUGAAAGAUUUGAGAUCUGCGCUGAGGUUGUCUUGGGACUAGUCUGUUUUCGGCUGAAGGGCUCAAAUGAACUAAAUAAGGCACUUCUUAAAAGCAUAAAUGAGGCCAAGAAGAUUCAUCUGGUCCCGUGCCACCUGCGAGAGAAGUUUGUGCUACGUUUUGCUAUUUGUUCCCGCACAGUGGAAUCCACCCACAUCGAGUUUGCCUGGCAGCACAUCUCACAGCUGGCAACUGAUCUUCUGAAAACAUGGGAGCAAAACCACCACCAGCAGUAACAGCAGUGAAGUAGCAGUGAGGAGGAGGUAAUUAACUGGCUUUCUCUGUGUUGCCAAGUUUUAUUUUAGGGGCAGGUGGGAAAGUCGAAUUAUGAAGGAAAAAAAUACAAAACCUGUUGUUAUAUAGCCCAGCUGCAGCAGCAAAAUCCUUUCCAGCAAGUUGUGUUGUAACCUUAGUCAUUCCUUCUCUGUACUGUAGUUUCACCCUGCCAUGGCACAUAGCCAUGGCGGCUCGAGCUGUCAUUACUUACCAGUUUGUAAUCAAGAGUAUUUAUUGAACCAAGCAAUGGAAAUGGAAGGGUUAGAGUGCUCUCUCCGUUGCCCCCCUUAACCUCUAGCACUCCUUUCUUCACAGAUGAAUCUGUGAGGUGUUAUAACCACUUAAUUUAAUAUUACUAUGACUUCAGAAAGAGUUCAAGUUGGGGGAAGUUCAGUAACCUGGUUAUAACACUGCUUAGGUCCUAUUUAAACAGGCAUACACGUGUUGUCAUGAUUUGGGGCAGUAUCAUGUCAUGACAAUCUCAUUGCAGUAAUUUGGACUUUUAAGACUUCCUUCAUUACGUAGCCAGAUCAGGGGGGAGUGAGCAUUAAAUGAACGCUAACCAUCCUCAUGGCAGGUUCUAUAUUUUUUUCUAAAGGGUUUGCUUGUAAAACAGCUGUUUUGCCAAAUCUCAGUAAAUAAGUUAUGCUCGCUAUUUGCUUUCACUUUGAUCAUUCAUUAUGGGGCCUCUUAAAUGCUCCUUCUUAAGAAUUUUUUCAAAAGCCAUGUGCUACCUGGUACUCUAUAUUUUUAACCAAGUUAUUAUAAGCAGAGAUUACUUGAAAAUAAUCUGUAAGCUAUGUUCUGUGAAAUAGAGUUGUGAUUUCUUUUUAUGGCUACCAUUCUGCUUACUUCAUUGUGUAAUAAAUCUUUGACAAAAUGUGCUAAGAAAUGUGAUGGCAAAAAUGUUACUCUUUGUUUCUCAAAUUAGCUAACAAACAAGCUAACAAAUUACAAUAAAAAUAGAAAUUAAGAGAACUAACCCCCAAAAUCUGCUGUGGUGCCCCCAUCAGUGGUUUUCUGCCAUUAACAGUGAUGCAUGGAAUAUGAAAAUGUUGGAAAACAAUUAACCUUCAGAGGAAGUCAAGUAAUGUAUACUUGACAUAAACCAUUGGUAUGUCAUCCCGUCAAAGGCAGGUACAGCAAAGAAGCAAAAUGAAAGUCAGAAACAAUACCUGACUUUAAAAGUAUUUCUGACAUUUUGAAGACAUAAAUUCUAUUUAGGUCUUUCUAUGUAAAUUAGAACAAAAUAAAUAGCUACUCCAAAAGAAUCUGUAAGAUUAAUUUCUACAUUUGCAUUUGUUUUAAUCUUUUCCUUUUACUGCUCAUAUUAACUUCUAAAGCAUCUUGAACAACUUGCACAAUUAUUCAGCUUUCUUCCUCCAUCCCUUGCAAGUACACUUCCUACAUUUGGGAAGUUGCAAGUAGACCACAAGACCCGCACCGGGACAGUUAAUUUGGCACACAGUCUGCUCCUACCCACUGCCUUUCCAGAAGGGAUUAAAGAAGCUGACUAUGGACCAGGUGGAUUUUUCUGGUGAUUUCUAAUCACCUCACUUCUGCGAUGCAAACUGGGGAAGGAUCAGUAUUUAUGUGUGCGCAAGUGGUACGUAAAAGAUGCACGCGAAUCUUGACACUUGGGAAAAACUGACCAAGCUCUGCAUUUCCAGCAGGUCAAGCUAUGUGACUAGGGGAGGCAAUGACAUACCGCCCCUCUGUAAGGCUAGCCAGAGGCUGUGUUAUCCACCCAGAUGGAAAAGCUGAUUACUAUUUCCUUAAGGAGUUGAUUGCACAGAUAACAGAUGAAGCAAGGGAUGACAAAUUAAUCUGGCAAAAACAACUAAUAUUCAAGCAGGUGACUGAGCCAUUCCUCAAGACACUACUCUCAACUACAGUAUCAGAAAUGUUGAUAGCAUCAUUCUCUUUAGCAGAACCAAUAUGAAAUUAGGUUUUUUUGUAGUAGCACAAUGCAAUAGACUGGUAGACUGAGGAGAGCGGAAAAUCCUGGUAGUUGUUUCCUUUCCCUGUUAUUAGUUUUUUUAAAACAAUGUUAAUCAGUUCUCAUGACUUGGAAAACAAUGUUCAUCCAUAGCAAAUAUGGUCCACACUGACACAAUUUUACAGCUUUUACAUUAUGAAAACACUAGAAUCUAGGAGCCAGAGAAGAAUUACACCUUCUCUAUGAGACAGACCAGUAUUUUCUAUGUGAAAUUUAUAAGCAGGUCUGUCCAGGAAAAAAAAAAAAAAAAAAGAGAUCAGAUUCUGAUCAAAGCUAUCAUAGAGUAAAUCCAGGAUAAUUCCACUGAAAUGAAAUGGAGUUGUUUUGGGCGUAUAUGACUAUAAUUGAAAUUAAAAUCUGACUAAUAAGUAUUGGAAAAGAAAUGCCUAAGGUAAGGCAACACUAGGCUGAACAUAAGAGGAUUUUGGUGGAAAUCCUCUCCAUGGAAACCAGAGCAGAGGUGGAUGAUGCACGCCUGUGUGAGCCUCAAACUGCUGUAGAACAGGGACACGGACAGGAUGCACGUCCAGACCCAGGAGAGACGAAAUGUUCCCAACAGCCCAGAAUUAGACUUGGGUCCCUCUAGACAUUUGUGGGAAAAUGGUGCCAAAACUGACAUUCAGUUAAACAUUUUUCAGCAUAUAGGGUUUUAGAAGAUGCUGUUGUCCAGAUACUAAAACUCCUUUUGGCAAAGAAUUUAGGAUAAGGGUUAAUUUAAAAUAUUACAAAUGCAGUAAAAAUUACUUUUUGUUUUUAAAGAAGUGACAUAAGUAAAUCUUCUAAUAAACAGCAGUGACAAGACCCAUGGAAUUACAUUUCCGCAUGGCCAGCCCAAUAUAGAAAUCUGAAGUUCACAGUUCUACAUUUGUGAAAUUCUGGGAUGAUUUGAAUAUGUAAUUGGUGAAGGCCUUCUUAGUAUUCACUCUCAUACUGUCUUUUCCCCAUGUGAUAAUUGCUUCAUAGAGUAUUAAUGUUAGGUGAUCUGAAAAUGAAAUCUGGGCUAUGUAAUCAACUCAAGAACAAAAGUGUUGAAAAGAACAUUUUUGAAAGAAGAAUACAACUGCUGUUUCUGUUCUGUAGCUUUGCAACAUAUCUGUAAGUGAGAAAUAACUGUAUUUAUGGAUAGUUACUAUGUGAACCUGGAUUUAAUGUGCCUUGUGUGCAAAAGCUAAUACAGUCUGUGCCGAUUAAUAUUGUUCGAUGUUAAAAAUAAUUACAAAAUCUCAGAAUUGUACUUCAGUAGAAUAUCCACAUCUCAAGGGAGACAGUGCAGCUACUAGAGAAGGAGGGGAAAAAGUAACUUUUCAGUAAUCAUACAUAUUUUUUUUAAACUAGUAGAGUGCUAGUACAAUACUUACAUUCUUAAUAAUAAUAACAGAUUACAAAUAUAUUUUAUUACUGAUGGUGAAAUAUUGAAAAGAUAGGUAUUUAUGAAAGUAUUGGUAAUAUAUUAUACUCUGAACUGCAUUAUAAUUAUUCAUUUUCUAAUUUUAUCUUGCCUUUACAUACAAGAUUCUGUUCAUGGUCGCUGUUUUGUUGUUGUUGUUGUUGUUGCUGUUGUCUCCUGUAAGGAUACCAUAUUUGAUGAGUAGUACUCACAUUGCAGUUGCCUUACAACAGCAGUCUAAACCUUGAAACGUGUAAACUUGAAUUGCUCAAAACCAGGAGCAAAUGAGAAACAAAACUGAGAACUCUGAAGACCAGGGUGGUGGGGGCAGAUUAAAUAAUAAUAUCUACGUAGUGUAUGUAAAGUCUGUAUGACCUAAAUGGAAAAAUAAUCAGAUGUUUUGUCCUUUUUUAUUAUAAUCUGUGAGCUGUCGAGUUCCCUUAAAAUCUGUAUCCAAAGCCUAUUAAACAGACAUGUAGGUUUUAAGUGGCAGCGUU